AUGGGAAUUAAUAAAUGUCGAGCUUUAGCGAAUUCAGUAGUCUACUGGCCUGGCAUCAGUAAACAAAUAGAGGAAUUAGUUCGGGACUGUCCUUCAUGUAUACAGGAAGCUAAAAAGUGUUCUGAACCUUUGAAACCAACUAGUUUUCCUCAGAGACCAUGGAAAAUUGUAGCUAUGGACUUAUUUAAACUCCACACAGAAUGUGGACCACAGUUUGAAGUUACUAGAACAGCUGAGUUUCAAAACUUUGCAAAAGUAUACGGUUUUAAGCACAUUACUUCAAGUCCGAGAUAUCCUCAAAGCAACGGUUUUGUUGAAGCAGCAGUGGAGAUAAUUAAAUUAAGAUUCAAAAAGUCUAAAAAUCCUUACUUGGCUUUAUUGAGUUAUCGGACGACACCUUUAAAGAAUGGCUACAUUCCAGCUGAAUUGUUGAUGGGACGUCGCUUACAAUCAACCUUACCUUUAGUAGUUUCACUACUUCAACCAAAGCUAAUUGAGAAGGAGAUAUUAGAAGAAAAAGAGGAGAAAGACAGAAAAAGGAUUAUGAUCGGAGAAACAAUGCUCAUGAAUUGA